UGCGCAUGCGCAGCUUUUAAGCGUCAUUCGCCAUUGUUUACAUUUAGCUCGCAAAGUUUUUGGAAAGUUUUUCCCUUAAUUUGAUGUUUUCACCGAGGCGCUUUACUUGUUAACCACCCUGGGAUUUUCCGAGGACUUCUGGAUAUUUGUAACGGUUUCAGCGAGGUAAUUUAGCCGCCGUUUUUGUGUUUAUUAACUUGUUUAUAUUAUGGGACGUUGGUGGACGAGGGUGAGACCCCCGCGCUCUUCAUGAUAUGUGUAUGGGCCGGACUUUAAAACAUUGGUAGAUUUCUUCGACCAAGGAUCAUCUGUGUACUGAUCAAAAUAAUUUAUAUCUUCAUUCAGCUUAAUUAUAAUAUUAAUCUGUCAGUCAUUGUUCGCCCUGUUCGGAGGUAAACAACAGAUCACGUGACCUGAAAACAAGAUGACAAUAUUGUGUGUCGGUGAUUCUCAUGUGAAGCGUUUUGGUGCAUUUAUUGACAGUCAAGCUUCUGCUGAUGUCUUUAAAAUUGCGGACCUUCCACAAGUGAACUUUUUUGGCAUUAGUGGAGGUGCAGUGACAAAUCCACGCCACUUGCGGACCAUUUUGGCCGUCAUCGACGAACAUCGUCCCACAUGUCUUAUCGUGCACAUGGGUGGUAAUGAUUUGGACAGUCGGGAUAAUGCAAUUGACACUGUUGUGUUUGGUUUGACUGCAUUUUUGACCCAGAUUCGAGUUCAAUUCCACAUUGUUCAUAUUACAGUGAUCCGAUUUAUGCCCCGCGAAAGGACAAGAAACAUUGACCCUGAAACUUAUAAUGAGCGAGUUGUCUUAGCGAACACAAAGUUAAAAUUUCAGUGCCAACAAGUGGGACUGGUGUAUUGGAGACUGAAAAGGUUUACUAACAGCAGGGAGCAGAUUUUUGCAGAUGGUGUACAUCUUAAUUCUUUAGGGAUGAGGAAAUAUUUUCGACAGCUUAGAGGAAUUUUCCUUAGUUUUUUGCACAACAACAACACUCAUGCUUAUUGAACUUCACCCUUAUAUUUGGCUAGCCAUGAUGAUAGCAUCCAAUUUCUUUUUUGCCAUUAUUAAUUGUGUCUGCAAAAUUACAGUGAUAAACCACCCAUCCUCAGGAUUAUGGCUUCCCGUUCGAAGAGAAGGAAAACAGUAAGCCAGACGGGUCAGACGGAAACCCACGCUCUAGUGAAAGAAUGUAUGGCUGCAGCCUUACCGGUAAUAGAGUCGGUGGUGAAGGAGUGUAUUGAAAGUAGAAACCGUCAGAGCAGUGAGUCUUCAGCAGUCCAACCUGGACCGUCUGUUCCUGACAGACCUUCAACCCAGGAAUCGACGGAGACCGUAGUCAGGGACAACCCAACCUUUCAGGCCAUAAUUCAGUCAGGUAUUGAAUCGUCAUCCCCCCUAACCGCUGUCCUUGAAAACAAUUUCCCCUUAGGGAUAGCAAGACCAGUGGGCCUAGGUGUUGACACGAAAAUUAAAGCGAAAAUUUAUGCGAAUGAAUACAUUAAGCUGGCUUCAUUAAUCCCAAAAUCAAGUUUUGAAGAGGAGCCCAAAUUUAAGUCAGUUGAAAAAGAUGGGCAAUUAGUGUUUAUAAAGGCAAUUGACAAUGGGUGUAUUAAAUCUCUUCCUCAGUGGACUGAGGCCUUUCACGUGUUUGUAGCCAUACAUUGUACGAAAUACCCAGAUGAAGUUGGGCAACUCAUGACCUAUGCCCAAAUCAUCCAGGGGAUAGCAAAAUCAUGUGGGGAUGAUGCGGCCAUCAAUUAUGAUGAAAAAUUCAGACAGUGGCGCCAAGUUGCUCCAAGAGCAUGUCUUUGGGACAGAAAAAAUUCAGAGCUUUAUCAUGAUGCAAUUGUCCAAGGCCUUGAGUCACAAACAAAAUCAAAGAAGCAGCCCUUUCGUGCAUCAUCCCCUAAGCAGAAAUAUUGCUUCACAUACAAUAACAAGGGCUUCUGUGACAAAGGCAACUCAUGUCAAUAUGCACAAUAUUGCUCCAAUAGACACUCUAGGCUUCAAUGCACAAAACAGAAGCAGAGACCCAUCAACACAUCAAAAUCUGUCACCAAUGAUCACAAAAAAACCAGCUACCAUUGCACGCAAAGUCUAAAUACACAAUUGUCUCUCCUAUCGAUGCUAAUCAAUUAUCUACAUACCUUCAAGGCUAUGAUCCAACGCUCUCAAAAUUUUUAGUCGAGGGAUUCAAAUUUGGUUUUAAGAUUCCUUUUCAAGGUACUCGUCAAUUUCGUUUUUCCGAAAAUUUAUCAUCGUUAAAGGGGAAUGAAUUUGUUUUGUGGCAAACGAUAAAUAAAGAAUUAGAAUUAGGAAGGGUAGCAGGUCCGUUUGCUUCCAUCCCGUUUCCUAACUUACAAGUUUCCCCUCUUGGUCUUGUUCCAAAACAUAAUCCAGGGGAAUUUCGACUUAUUCACCACUUGUCAUACCCUGAAGGCCUAUCAAUAAAUGCCCACAUUCCUCGCGAUCUGUGCAUUGUACAGUAUCAAACUAUUGACACUGCGAUUGCAGCUAUCAAGAACAUUGGGGUGGGGGCACUUUUAGCAAAAACUGAUUUGGAAAGCGCUUAUAAGCAAGUACCAGUCCAUCCUUCUGAUUUUGAACUACUAGGAUUUAGUAUCGAUGGUCAGUUUUACUUUGAUAAAACCUUACCUUUUGGCCUAAGUUACUCGUGUAACCUUUUUGAGAAGUUUAGUUCGGCUUUACAAUGGAUUCUCCAAAAUAAAUUUUCCGUGGUACAUUGUGUUCAUAUGCUAGAUGAUUUUUUAUUCAUUGAAAAUCCAGAUUCACUAGAGUGUCAUAAUGCUCUUAUGGCUUUUCACUCUUUGGCUGAUAACAUUCAUUUGCCGAUAAAACAUGCAAAAACAGUCUUUCCCUGCACAACUUUGACUUUUCUGGGCUUAGAAAUAGACACUAUCAAAUUUGAAAUAAGACUGCCUCAAGACAAGUUAUUUCGUCUGGCAGACACUAUUCAGCUUUUCAAAAACAAACGCACAACUACCUUACGUGAGUUGCAAUCUGUUAUUGGAGUGUUAAAUUUUGCUUGUUCAGUAGUACCACCUGGUAGGACAUUUUCUUCGCAGAAUAAUUGACCUAACUAAGGGCCUCAAAAAACCUUUUCAUCAUCGUAGGUUAAAUGCUGAAGCUAGGGCUGACUUGGAAGCUUGGUCUAUUUUCAUAGAGCAUUUUAAUGGCAAAGCACUAUUUCAUUCCGGGAAACUCUGUUCCUCCCAAACUUUGCAUCUCUUUACUGAUGCAAGCAAUUUGGGUUUUGGAUGUACAUUUGACAGGCAAUGGUUCUAUGGUCCAUUUGAAACAGACUGGUUGAAAUAUCACAUUUCAGUAAGAGAAUUCUUUCCUAUUGUACUUGCAAUGGAAAUAUGGGGUGAGAGCUUAUCUAAUACAGCAGUUGUAUUACAUUCAGACAAUAGUGCAGUGGUUCAUGUCAUAAACAAAAAUUCCUCUAAAGACCCACAUUUGAUGAAACUGAUGAGACGUCUUAUGCUAGCUUCACUAAAAUACAACAUUCAUUUCUUUGCUGACCAUAUCCCUGGCCUUUAUAAUGUCGCACCUGAUCUACUCUCUCGCUUGCAGAUUCAAAGAUUCAGAGAACUCUUUCCAGCCAUGAAAGCGGAAAAAACAUCGGUUCCACAGGCAUUACUACACAUUUGACUAGUACAGCAAACUUCCUUAUUAGAAGCUCAUUAUCAGAGGAUUCGUUGUCAUCCUAUAGAAAUAUAUUUGCAACUUACAAAAGCUUUAUUCACGAUCAGGUAGAUAAGAAUUCAUCUCCUUUGCCCCCAUCACUGUCUCAUCUAUUAAUGUAUAUCGCACACUGCUACUAACAAGGCUUAGCUGCUUCAACAACGCGUACACAUAUUUCAGCACUUAGUUUCACUUUCCAACUAGGGGGUUACCAGGAUUUGACUCAAAAUUUUCUUAUCAAGAAACAACUGCAAGGUUUUAGUAAAGUUAGGCCUACUAUAGACAACAGGCUACCAAUAACUCCUGAUAUUUUGGCAAGAAUUGUGUCUGCUUUACCAUCCACGACUUCUUCUGCAUUCAUUAGCACUCUGCUACAUGCUAUGUUUGUGUUAGCCUUUUGUGCAUUUCUUCGGGUCGGCGAGAUUACUCAAACAUCUGUAGCAAAACAGCAUUUUUUGCUGGCGAAGCAUGUAACAUUAAAAAAUGAUCCCCUAGAUAAAUCUAUAGAACUUAAAAUUCCACACUUUAAACAUUCUAGCCAGUUUACUACUCUGUACAUUCAGCAAAACACUACCAAUCCCCAGUUAUGCCCAUUUGCAGCUCUUAAAAUUUUUUUAAAAGUUAGAAAUCAUGAGUCACCUUUAGAACCCCUGUUCUCAUUUAUGGAUGGUUCACCAGUCUCUCGUCAAUUUUUCACUGCACAACUUAGGUUAGCACUGGCAUUCUGUGGAUUAGAUACAAUUAAAUACCAAUCGCAUAGCUUUCGUAUUGGGGCAGCUACAUUUGCUGCUGCAUCUGGAUCAUCAGACAUUCAAAUUCAAAAUAUGGGUCGUUGGAAAUCCUCGGCAUUUAAGAAGUACAUCAGAAUUCCAACAAUGACAAUGUAAACAAGGCCCUACAAAUACUCAUACCAGUUAGGGAUCCGAACCUUGGAGUUAGGGUCUUCAGGUUCAAUUUUAAACAUAUGGGCUUUCUACAACAUAUUAGUACGGAUUGAACCAUGAAGUCAGGGGUUUCUGGUUCUAUUUUCUGUAAUGUACUGUUCUGUUCAUUUUUAUUAGCUAUGUUUAGAACCAUAUAGUCCAAUGUUAUGGUUCUAUUAUUUAUGAUGCAAAACAAGUUUUGUUUUGUUACACAUUGUGAACCAUGAAGUCUGGGGCUUCUGGUUCUAUUACUUGUGUUAAAUGGACAAUGUCUCUGUUUUUAUAAGACACAAUUUCAAAUAUGUAGAAACCAUGAGGUCAGGAGCUUCUGGUUCUAUUAUUUGUCAUAUACGGGUACAUAUCUAUUGCUUACACCUGCUUCUGGCUCAAUUUGCUUGAAAUAUUAUGUUCUGUAAACUGGUGUUAUGAGGUAUUAUGCCCAUAUAUUGUCAUGUACUUGUUUGGGUCUUUUUUAUUUUUAACAUUGUAUGUGUUGACUUUGUUAUGAAAUGAAGAGCUUCACAUUAAAUUGUGACAUGAAUGUGAAUAUUGAUGUGUUUGGACUGUUUCGGCUCUAUCAGUGACUGCACUGUGAUGAUUCUAGCUUUAUAUCUGUAGACUAAUGUAAAUGUAUGUCUUGACGAUAGAUUAACUCUAUCCUUGUUAUUGGUGCUUCGCUAUGGUGGUGGAUGGGGGUUAUCAAACUACAGAAAUCUGCAGCUUUGAUAUGUGGUGGAACAUCUUUGACACUUUUUUGUAAAUAGAAAUUGCCAUGUUUUAUUGUCUUAUGUUCUCUGUUUAUUCUAGUCACAAUACUGUGUUAUUUAUCUAUGUUUUAUAUAUGCAAGAUUGCUUCUUUGAUUAACAGUAUUGUGUUUUUGUAGUUUACAUUGUGGCAUCUUUAUGUUAUAUUUUGUACUUUGUCAUUUAUUAUAUUAUUUAAUAAAUGACCAUUCUUAUUACUUAA